UAGGUUUGCGCCCACCCAUGAUCGAAGUAAUCAAACCAAACAGCUCAGCUCAAAGGAGAGAUUGAUAGAAAGUCCCUACUCAUGAUUCCUUUCUUAAUUACCAGCACGUUCUUUCCUCAAAUCCAAUCUUCCUUUCAUAAAAAAAACCUAACUUUCAUGGUUGGUGGGGUCUAAACCUUAACAGAAAACUCUCUUUCUUUCUCUUUAAAAUUUUACCUUUUUUUCCUUUUCUUAUUGAGAUCUAGAGAGAGAGAUAGAGAAGGAUCACACACACAUAAAGCUUUUCUCUGUCUCUGUUUUUUCUUAGAACUUGAAUGACAAGUUUUGUUAAGUGUGUGAUCAUAUAGAGGAGGAAGAAGAAGAUGCUGCAGAGAGCUGCGAGUAAUGCUUAUUCAUGGUGGUGGGCGAGUCAUAUUCGUACCAAACAAUCUAAAUGGCUCGAACAAAACCUUCAAGAUAUUGAAGAAAAAGUGCAAUAUGUGUUGAAACUAUUACAAGAAGAUGGAGACUCUUUCGCCAAGCGUGCAGAGAUGUAUUACAAGAAGAGACCAGAGCUCAUCAGCUUCGUCGAAGAAUCUUACAGAGCUUACAGAGCUUUAGCCGAGCGUUACGACCACAUCUCAACAGAGCUUCAAAACGCCAACACCACCAUCGCCUCUGUUUUCCCUGACCAAGUCCCCAACUUUGCAAUGGACGAUGAUGAUGAUAAUGGUGGAGAUUCGAAAUUCGCAAAAAGACAGAACCUUUCCGGUGCUAAUAAUGUCCCCGGUGCUCCCAAACUGCCUGUCAAAGAGUUGAAGAGCGCGGUUGUUAAAGUGGCUACCAAGAAGCUUCAGCCGAGGAAGUCUAUGAAGUACACUGGCGGUUCUAGCAAUGUGGUUGUCAAGAGCUCGGGUCUGAGCAAGCCUGAGGCUAUGGGAGAGAUUGACAAGCUGCAGAAAGAGAUCCUUUCGUUGCAGACGGAGAAGGAGUUUGUGAAGAGCUCCUACGAGCGAGGUUUGUCAAAGUACUGGGAGUUUGAGAAGAGUAUCAAGGAGAAGCAAGAGAGGGUCUGUUGGUUUCAGGAUGAGUUUGGCGAGAGCGUUGUGAUUGAAGACGAUGAAGCGAGGAGAUUGAUGACCGAGACCGCGGUUAAGUCGUGUCAGGAGAAGCUGGUGGAGCUGCAGGAGAGGCAGGAGAAGUCUUGCGAAGAAGCUAGAGAAGAGCAUGUGAAGAUUGUAGAGUCUAGAGAGAAGCUUAGAUCGAUUUCGAGUCGGUUUCUAGGGGAGGAGAGUGUGGUCUUUGCUGAAGAGGAUGAUGAAGUUAGAAGAAGAGAGGAGAUGGAACAUGAGAUGAAGGAGAUGUCUAGGAAGAAGCAAGAGCUGGAGGCUGCGAAGGAGAAGAUCAGAGAACAUUUCGAGUCUAGUAGUGUGAACUCCUCGCUUGACGCUACAGAGAUGGCUGAGAGAGUUGAUGAGCUUGUGAACAAAGUGAUUAGCUUGGAGAGUGCGGUUUCUUCGCAGACUGCUUUGAUACAGAGGCUAAGAAACGAGACCGACGGUCUUCAGACGCAGAUCAGUACUCUUGAGACUGAUAAGGCGACGUUGGCUGAUGACAAGAGUGAUCUGAGGAAGAAGCUGAAGGAAAUGGAGGAGAAACUCAAAGCAUUGCAGGACUUGGACAGGAGUGUUAUGGAUAAGAGUAGCAAUCUGCAUGCAGAUUUUGAUGACGCGUGUAAUAAUCUCGAUGACCUCUCUACUGGGAAGUUGCCUGAGGUGAAACCAGAUGGUGAGAAGAUGAGUUUAGAUGUUUCUGAAGAGAGUGAGGAAGAUAGAAAGAAAAUGGCAGAGGAGAAGAGUGAAAGCUCUGAACAAACAACUCACAAUGUGACAACAGUUGCUGAAGAAGUCAUCUCUCUAAGUAAAAGUCCACAACAUGUUCUGGAAUCUACUGAGAAAGUAGAUUCAGAGAAGACAGAGUCUGUGCUUCUUGAUAAUGUUUUAGAGAAGGAGUCUGCAUCUGAAAAGACAGAAUCUUCUGUUCUGGAUGAUGUUUUGGAGAAGCAGAUAUCUUCUAAAGAGGAUCAAAAGGAGAAAGAAAGUGAACCAGACUGGAAAGAGAUGUUCAUGAAGGGAAUGGAGAACAGAGAAAAGCAUUUGCUCACCGAGUACACAACUAUUCUCAGGAACUACAAGGAUAUGAAGAAAACUUUAGAUGAAACAGAAUCAAAGCUGAAGACAGAGAACGCCACAAAAGAUGAUGAGAUCAAGCUACUAAGAGAGAAGAUGAGCCUCCUGCAGAAGGGUCUUGCAGACAGUAACGACUGGACUGAGAACCACUUGUCAAACGAUGACUAUUCCAUCGGAAUCAUGGCUGUAGCAAGCGAGAACAUGUCCCUGGUCGAGGAACAGUUCAGGAUGAACAUAGAUGAGCUUCUAGAGGAGAAUUUGGAUUUCUGGUUAAGGUUCAGCACAGCGUUUGGACAGAUACAGAGCUACGACACAUCAAUAGAAGAUCUACAAGGCGAGAUAUCAAAGCUGGAGCAAAGAAAAAAGCAAGAUGGAAGCAGCACAGAUAAAUAUGGAAUGAGAUCAGAUGUUAGACCACUUUAUCUACACUUGAGGGAGAUAAACACAGACCUUGGUCUCUGGCUGGAGAAAGGUGCAGCGUUGAGAGAGGAACUGAAAUCAAGAUUCGAGUCUCUGUGUAACAUUCAGGAAGAGAUCACAAAGGCCCUCAAGUCAAGUGCUGAAGACGAUGACUUCAGAUUCACGAGCUAUCAAGCUGCUAAGUUUCAAGGUGAGGUGUUGAACAUGAAGCAGGAGAACAACAAAGUUGCUGACGAGUUGCAGGCAGGGUUGGAUCACAUCACCACGCUUCAACUCGAGCUUGACAAGACUCUAGGAAAGCUAAACGAUGAGUUUUCUCUUUCGGGUUCAAAGAACAGAUCAUCAGAUCCUGAUCUCCAGCAUUCGGACAGCCGUUCAAGGGUGCCCUUGAGGUCAUUCAUCUUUGGCUCAAAACAUAAGAGAGCAAAACCUUCGAUAUUCUCAUGCAUGCAUCCCUCAAUAUAUAGAAAGAUGAAGGCUUCUACAUAGGUAAACAAUUGCAUAUUACCAAAUACAGAUUCAUAAACUGUGUAACUUAUUCAGAUUCAUGGAGGAUUUGAUUCAUUUUGUCUGUUUUUUUUAACCUGUAUUUCCCUGGGGGAGACUGAGCCUUUUGAUCCCCACAUCUCCUUUUCUUUUUGGUUUGCGAGAUUGAAACAUUAGUUUUGUGUGUUGGCUUGUCCCUUUUGAGUAUUGUUAGAUUGUUUCUACCUGGAGAAACAAGAGGAAUGUCUCCCAGUUGUAUAUCUCAGAACCAUUACAAGAGAAAUAGAGUUGGUGUGUUUAUUUGUUUCA